AGUGACGGCUCCUCAUCAUCCUCCGACCACUGAUCCAUCGGACAGCACAGAUCUGGCCCAGGGACGGGGCCGUCAUGGGGAACCGGGUGGUCCUCGUCACCUGGCUGCUGCUGACACUGUGGUGUUGCUCAGAGGCUCAGUGGCUCAGAACCAUCUCGUACGCCACCAACUGUAGCCUGAGUUGGGCCGGGGUUCAACGCUACUGCCGCCGCUCCUUCACCGACAUGGUCACGUGGUACGGAACCAGCUCAUUGUCCCUGUCUCAGUUUUUAAGGGAUCUGAACAAAACCAGCGUCUGGGUCGGUCUGCGGAGAAACGCUGCCAACGACUCACAGUGGAACUGGAUCAAUGAAACUCAAGACGUGUCCAUGUCCAUCAACUGGGACUUGGACCAGAACAGCCCCCACUGUGCAUUGUUGAAGGCAGACGGAUGGAGGUGGUUCAGCGCCAGGUGUUCCAGUCAUCAUGGGUUCUACUGUUCCCACGGUACAAAGAUCAGGUUUCAUUCUUUCAGUCGUUCCUGGUUCAAGGCUGAAGAGGCGUGUCAGGAGGAGGGGGGGCACCUGGUCACCGUCACCAAAAACAACGCAGCUGCCUUGAAGAAAAGCGGCUGGAUUGGCCUGUACCGAGUGGGCGGAGACACCUGGCGCUGGGUUGGAAACCAGACUUCUGAAUAUAGAACCUGGGCCAAUGGAGAACCGUCCUACAAAGACUGUGGCUCCUUAAACACUGUCGAGGACGUGUACGAGAGCAGACACUGCAGCGAAGUUCAAAGCGUCGUGUGUAACAAAGACAACCUGGUGUUGGUGAAGCUGAACCGGACCUGGGAGGAGGCGCUGGCAUUCUGCGCCCACCUGGACCAGCCCUGCACUGGGGUCUGCAGGUUCCACCUCCUCAGGGUGGAAAACUGGAACAUGCACCGCUACGUCAGACAAAGGAUCCAUGACGCCACCACAGACGAGGUCUGGACGGGUCGGCGGUUCCUGGGGGGGAGGUGGUUCUGGGGGAUUUCCAACCUGACGGACCAGCCGGGGGGGGUGUCCCAGUGCCCCGCCCACCACUGCGGGGUCACGUCCAAAUCCAACCCCAACUAUUGGCUCAGCAGAGACUGCACCGAGAGGAGGAACUUCAUCUGUGCAGAAGUCCAGGAGGUGCCGUGACACCCCCACAACAAACACACAAGAAGAACUGAGGAACCACAAGCAUUUGAGUCCAAAACGUCUGUAAAAUUAAAAAAAAAAACAAAAAAACACAUCCUUAAGUAAUUCAGAUUGAAUCAAACAUGUUUGAAGCUCUGUAUUUUCUGUGUGAAUAUGCUUCUGCAUCACUAAAACUGGUGACCAGAGAACAGGUGACCUGAGGCUGCGUUCUCAUUGGAUGAUUAAAGGUUGACUCUGGGUUGGGACUUCUGCGCCCUCUAGCCAGUCAGAGCUGCUUUUGUUUUGUUGUCUUCAUGUGAUUGGAGGGCAGAGUUCAGUGGGACCCAGCUGUAGGUUUGAGUUGAACAGAUGAACAGAUACAAAAGUCAAAACUGAUCAAAUAUUUGGAGUUCAGAUUCUCAACUCAACACUUUUGCCGUUACUUGCUUCAAAUGUAACUGAAGAAUUUACAAGUAAAAUGCAGAUGCAGUUUAAAAGCAGUCAAAUAUGUGUUUUCCUCCUCAUUUACAAUAAAUGAAUCUGAUUUGAAUGUUUAUUCCUUUAAUCAGAUGUUUUUUAGGUGAAUUCCUGUUUUUUUCUUCUGAUUCACUGUAGAAUAUUUUUAAUUGGACCCAUUUAUUUCCUCAUAAUCUGAGUGAAGAGUGGUGUGUGAAUUGAUAUAGUUUCUGAAAAUACAUUUAACUGUGCUUGAAUUGUAGAAAAUUAAGUAUUUUAAGCAAAAAAGGACACCUCUAUUUAUAAAUGGAGCUGAUAUGUCUUUCUU